CCGUGCAAGGGCAGGUUGAGCGGAGCUCAUAUUCCCAUCUAUCGCUCAACUGUUCAAACCUCUGGGAAGCUCCUAAAAUGUACGAAGAGUCCUGGUACAGCUUUGUACCGGAUUUCCAACAGCUGCCGCCCGUCUCAGGAAGCCAGCCCAUUAGACAUCGACGGAAAGAAUCCCUCCUGCAGCAACCGAAUGGUACCGCAGACAGCCUUAAUGCUGCCGAACCUCUCCCUGCACUCUUUGAAGAUCAGGAAGAUGCCAACUCGCCGCCACAGCCCACCUUAUCACAGAGGGCGAAGUCCUACUCUGAUUUCUAUGAUAUCGUAAAGUCACAGCUGCCCAGCCAUGCCCCGAGAAAGAAGCGUCAGAGGCGGCGAAGCGGUCGCGGUUGGGAGGCGUUGGCUCUCCCAGAUUCUGUGACGGCAAGAUUGCCGGCAGAAAAGGAGGUCCUUGAUAAUGGGCUGGAGAGGGAGUUGCUCCAGGCAAGCCAGCAGGAGCACCUGCUGUACUACGAUGAACUGGAGAUGACGGAGAGGCACCUCGGCAAUCUCAUCGCGGACGCGAACACCGCUCUCAAGGUUCUCGAGUCGUUGACCCAUUCCUUCCGGGAAGUCGAUGAGCAAACGACGUCCUUCCAGGCACAAUGUGAGGGCCUCUUGACCGAGCAAAAGCGCCUGCAGAUACUCGCAGACUCCGUGGGGAGAGACCUCCAAUAUUACACCUACCUCGACUCCGCAACACGCCGACUCAAUGCCCCUGGCGCCGGUCGGCUUGUCGAAGGAGUUAGUUUUGCUGAGAUUCUGUCGACCUUGGACUCUUGCAUUGAAUUCAUGAAGAAUAAUUCUUCAUACCGGGAUGCCGAGUCAUACCUUGCGCGGUAUCAAGCAUUACUCACCAAAGCAUUGCACCUGCUUGAGGUGGGCUUCGUUAACCACCUGAACAAAGUGUCCGCCGAGAUCUCGAGGCAGAUCGCUGCAACGCAAUCCGAGUCGGCCCGCCACGCCCUCGCCUACGGUCGUUUUGAGGAGAUGGUUCUGGAAUCGUACUCCUUGAUUCCAAACGUACAGAUCGUGGUGCGGAGUGCCUAUGACCACGAUGGCCAGCCAUCAUCAAUCCCUAAUUCUGACAUCUACGCGAAUACUGCGACCAACCUGUUCCACGCUUACUGGGCUGCCCGAGAGCGGGAUAUCAAACCCAUCAUUCAGCACGAUCUCGAUGCCUUCAGGACGGAGGCCAAGCAGUCCGUAGAAACAGCGGCGAGGAACUUUGUCAAGCAAUGUUUCGAACGCUCCUAUAACGAGGCGUCCCUCUUCACACGGAUAUUUUCCGUGGAUACCCAAUUCUCAACGAACCCGAAGUCCGCGUUUGUGGCUCUCAAGUCUCAACGCUCGGUGCUCACAGGGUCGAAUGUGGCCCCUAUCGGCGCAAGUCUACAGUCCGUCCUUCAGUCCAGCGAGCUGCAGACAAUCUGCAACUUAGUUGGGUGGAUCACCAACGAGUACCUGCUCCCCGAAUACGACGAUGACGAAACGCCGUUCGUGAGCCGCUGCCGAGAAUUGGCAGCGAGACUGCUCGCUGAACAUCUCUGGGCCUUUACCGACGCCGCUUUCGAGGCCGAGGUUGCGAAGUCGAUAUUGAAAGCUACCGUCAGUCCUGAUGCGCUCAAGAUUGAGCCAGUAACCAACGGUGACAUCUCCUCAAACGCCUUCCCUCCUGUCAAACGGGCCCUCGAGCUUCUUAUCAUGUUUGACCAAUCGAUGCCGAAGGAACGAUGUCAACGCAGCAGCACCGUCAUCUUCAAGAUCAUCAAAGAGUCCAUCGCCUCGCUCCAGCGCGCCGAAGGCCGGAUUAAAUCCACCAAGAAUGGCACAGAUCCCGACCUAUUCAUGAUCAAGAAUCUCCUCAUUCUCAAAAACGAGCUCAUGACGCUCGAGAUAGGCGACGUGCGUGGCCAGGCCUCCACCGGGGGUGCCGGCGCCUACUUGGGCGCAGGAAACCUGCAGCACUUCACGCAGAUCUGGGACACAUUCCGUCAGCAGUACCCGCUCGGCGGCCUGCUGAGCAGCUUCGGAAGUCUGUCCACCUACAUUCCGGGCUCCUCGUACUGGACGUCGAGGUCAAGCACACCCGCUCCUGGUGGAACACCCGCGCUUGGUGGUGGCGGUCCUGCCACAACAACAAGGCUGGGUGCUGCUGCUGGAGGAGGGGCAGAGGUGCAUGAUGCGAGUGAGCAGUUGGAUGGGCUGCUGCGCCAGAGUAUCUACGCGUUUACGAGGCGGUGGGCUGGGGUGCUGAACGAGGCUCGCGCUGUCGGAGGAGGAGGGGCUAAUAAGCUGGGUGGGAAGAACCUUGGCAAAAUUGAGAGGGAGCUAGAUGAGAUGCUCGAACGCGCCUUUGGUGGGCAGCCCGAGGUCGUGGGGAAGCUGAAGGAGGCGAUCGAGAUUGAGGCGCAGGUGCAGGUGCAGGCGCAGGGAGAGAAGAGAAACUACAUUACGAGAGUGUAGCGCGCGCUUUAGACAUGGCACGGCUAAGGCAUAGGAUUCAUCAUCAAGUAGAAAUUGUUUUAUGGUCUCUGCCUCUGAAACGAAGCGUCCCUCUCGCUGAGCCGACUCGUACAAUAAAUACUACCUAG